AUGGCUCCGCCCCCGGCGCCUGGCGCCCGUGGAUGGCACAGUGCUGGCCGGGAGAACGACGACGGCUGGGACGCGCGGGUGAACCGCAAGGCCCGGAAGCCCCUGGUGGAGAAGAAGCGGCGCGCGCGGAUCAACGAGAGCCUGCAGGAGCUGCGGCUGCUGCUGGCGGGCACCGAGGUGCAGGCCAAGCUGGAGAACGCCGAGGUGCUGGAGCUGACGGUGCGGCGCGUGCAGGGCGCGCUGCGGGGCCGGGCGCGCGGUGAGUGGCUGCAGGACACGCGGGCUGGAGCGCGGGGCGCGUUCGCCCACCUGCCCCUCGCAGGGCUGGAACAGCUGCAGGCGGAAGCCAGUGAACGCUUCGCCGCCGGCUACAUCCAGUGCAUGCAUGAGGUGCACACGUUCGUGUCCACGUGCCAGGCCAUAGACGCCACCGUCGCCGCCGAGCUCCUCAACCACCUGCUGGAGUCCAUGCCACUGCGCGAGGGCAGCAGCUUCCGCGAUCUGCUGGGGGGCGCUCUGGCCGGGCCCCCGGGAGCCCCUAGGCGAAGCAGCUGGCUCACAGGAGGGGCCCCGGGAUCCCCGCUCCCCAGCCCCCCACCCCCUGGGGACGAUCUGUGCUCUGACCUCGAGGAGGCGCCGGAGGCAGAACUGAGCCGAGCACCUGCUGAGGGGCUGGACUUGGUGCCCGCGGCCCUGGGCGGCCUUACCACCGCCCACAUAGCCCAGAGCAUCUGGAGGCCUUGGUGACAAACGCCGGCCAGCCUGAGGCCUGCAGGGGUGGGCCCAGCCUUCCCACCUCUAGCCCCCCCUCCCCGGGCCCGGAUGAGUGGGGGCCGGGUCCUGCAUGCUCGCCCUCCCAGGGGAAGGCUGGUAGGGCGCCCGGUGGCCAGCCCAGCCAGGCCCCUGGCCCUUUUCUUCAGGGAGUACCUUGUAUGGACCUCGUGCCCCACCUCCGGGGGGUUGGAGGGAGGGCA